AUUUAGUUACUAUGGAAUACUUCGUUUAUGAUCAUUGAUUGUUAUGGUGUUCAUGGAAUUUUCAUGGUGUUGUGAGUGUAGACCCCUUCGAAACGGGGCCAACAAAUGUCUUGCGAAAGGAUUCCAAAGGCAACUCGAAAAGGUCGCGGGCGACUUAAAUAUGAUUACGACGAUCUGAGCAAACUAUGUUUUGAUAAAGUUACGAAUUCUGUAAACAUAUGCUCAAAGACCAUUCUGCAAGAAGACAACCAAGAUAUCAUUCACAGUCAGCAUAAUGGAGAUAGAACGAGUGAACUAGAAAUGUCCACAUCAACAAAUUUUUCAUUAUCUGCCCAAACAGAGAUAGUGCAUGAUAUUGCAGGUGAAAAUGUGGAUGAGUGGUUUAAACAGAGAACUGAAUCUGUAUCCAGUAUAGAUUUGGAUGCAGUGAUGAAGAAUGAUGAGAUGGACACAACUUAUUUAACUGAAAACAUUGGACACAAUUUUUUAUCAAAUAAAGAUGUGGACAUGACAAGUAUAGUUACAAAUAUUUGUGACAUAGGAUUAGGUUUAGAUAUACCUACUAAUGUAUCAGCUAGCUCCAAAAGUAAACCAAUUACAGAAACAGACUGUGAUAAUGUAAUAUUAAGCAAUUAUUCAGCAGAUCAGGACACUCUUCUAAAUGAUUUGGAUAAAAGUGACCUGUUAAGCAAGCGGGUCACAGUGGAUCUUCUAGAAACUGUCAAAUUACAGAAAAAGGAUAAUUCUUCAGAUCGUGUGAUUGGACAAACUAAAGGUUAUACCUUGGUGGAAGACUCUUCUACUCAUAGAAAACAGAAUAAAACAUUUAAGGCAAAACUUUGGAAUGGGAGUGAAAUACCUGAUACACAGUCAGCAAUAGAAAGUAGGAAAGACAAGACAAACUGGGAGAGAAUAUCAACCACAAGUAAACGAACUGCAGAUGUAGAUUCAGAAAAAGAAAUUGAUUUUCCUGAAUUAAAUUUAAUCACUUUCCAAAUUGAUACCAAUGAUGUCAUGUGUAGUAUUAAUCAGCUACCUCAUGUACAGACAAAUAAUAAAGAAACAUUAGUUUCCUCCACAACAGAUGAUAGUGGUAAAAAUGUUCUGAAUAGUGAAAAAGAUAUUUCUACUGUACCAGUAGGUAUAUCAAGAAAGAAACAGUUGGGCCUUUCAACAGAAAAAGAUAAUCUUGUGAAAAAUGUUUCAAACACAAGUACUAGUACUAAAAACUCUACAACUUUGUCCAAAAACACUAAGCUUCCUAGACUAAAUCCUCGUAGUCUGUUAAAAAGCCCUCUUAAACAAUCAAAUGGUAGAAUGAAAUCAAGCAUUUUAAAGCCAUCAGGUCCUUCUAGUUCAUCCUCACGAACAAAAGCAUCUGAUCGAUGUGGAAGGACUUCUGUUGAGAUACAAGAAGGGUCAAAGGUAGUAGCAUCUCCAAAAAAGGCACCAACAAUGGCUAUCAUAGCCAUAUCCACAGACAAAUCCAAAAAUACAACUGAAAUUGUUAUCAAUACUCCAUAUGGUGAACAGGUUUUUAAGGGAAAGACCACUGAUUUAAUGAAAGCCACAUCUGGGUUAUGGCCAAAGUUGGAUAAUAACAAGAUUAAAAAAGCUGACCAGCCUCUGACUAUCAGCAUGAUGGAGCAGUCUUCAACGUUAGAUGCUUCUUACGAGGACCAAACCAUACCACUGAUGACUGAUGUUGCAGGUGAUUUGGCUGAGGACGGAGAGGAAUAUGGUGAUCCCCCAGAAGAGGAAGACCAACCAGUAAUGGAGGCACUUGCUGAGCUCGGAAUCACUGUAGACAAAGACAACAUCUUCUGUGUUACAACAGGAAAUGGCCAGAAAUUGUGGGUUUGUCCUGUUAAGGAAUGUGGCAAAAUGUAUCCACGACAGAGCAUGCUGAAGGUUCAUAUCUUGAGCCAUUUCAAUGUUCGGCCAUUUAGGUGUAAUUUUGCAGGAUGCCAUUGGUCAUUUUACACAUACUUCAAGCUGAAGAGGCACAAAGCAACACAUCUGAAGAGGAAAGACUUUGUAUGCCCAGUGAAAGGUUGUGAACGCCGAUUCACCACAAUAUACAAUCUUAACACGCACCAGAAGUUGCAUGCACGGCCUCUUGAGAUGGUGUGUCCAGUUGAAACCUGUGCUGCAAAGUUCCAGACCAAAAGAAGUCUAGAACUGCACUUGAAAUCUCAUGACACACACCAUGCACCAUACAAGUGUUUAUACGAAGGCUGUGGGAAGCACUAUUAUUCACUCAACUCACUGAACUCCCACUCACGGAGCCACCAACACAAGGAAGAGGAAGUUCGUUGCCAGUGGGAAGGUUGUGGCAAAUUGUUUGACAAACCAUGCCGACUCAAAGCUCACAUGAGGUCUCAUACAGGGGACAAGCCUUAUCCCUGCAUGUACCCGGAAUGUGGGUGGGCUUUCUCGAGUGCAAGCAAGCUAAAACGUCAUCAACAAAAGCACACUAAUGAACGUAAAUUUCAGUGUGGCAUUGAAGGUUGUGGAAAGUCUUUCAUGAGAUCAGAACACCUGAAGGAGCAUACGAUUACCCAUGUUGGACAAAGGAAUUUCCAGUGUCCGCUUGAUUAUUGCGGAGUAAAAUUCUCAGCAAAGAGUAGCCUGUAUGUUCAUUUAAAGAAGCAUAAUAAACCUAAAUCUGCAACAGAGGAUAAGGUUGUAUAUCACUGCCCCAUAGAGAAGUGUAUCAGAACAUAUACCUGCAAGUCCAGUCUACGUCAGCACAUGCUCAAGUUCCAUACACCAGUCCUUGCUAAUGAUCCCAGUCAACUAGACUAUAUUGCAUUACUAACAGGAGACGAUGAUCUGGCAGCGUUAGAGGGGUUACAGUUUUCUGGAGAUAUGACACCUGCUGUCAGUGGUAGCAUUAGUUCUUUAAAUGCUGUCAAUCUUGUUACGCCACCACCUGUGAUGCUAAAUGGCGGUGAUUGUAUGGCUUCCAUUCCAUCUGAAUAUAUCAGUACAGACUUCCAGUUCCCUAGUUUUCUGCCAUCACAGAUUUGUGCCAGUGGAAGCAGUGGAAUUGGAUGCAGUAGUGGCACUAACAGUGUCAUAACACAUGUUGUGCUCACACCACCUGAAACUCAGAAUUCAGCCUUUACUAUGUCAAAUUCAAGUAUGUCUGCUGCUCAAACAAGUCAGCCAGAUAUUGGUGAUGGGACAGAUCAGCCCCUUAGUAUGGCAAUGUUUGAACCAGUUGCACUUGUAGCAGAUAGUGGGACGGGCUCUGUGCAUGGAUCAGCACGAACUAGCUUCACGUACCAGGACAUUGUCCGAGAGAGGGGUCGCAGAAAAGGGAACACAAGUCCACCAUCUACAGACCCCAGCAGUAGUACCACAGGCAUGAGAGUUCCAUCAGAUGUCGUUCUUGGAACAGGACUGCUAGGAAGCAGUCAUGACAUUGCUCAUAACUUUCUGCUCCAGGAUGAUUUGCCAAGUCAUCACCACAGUUUGUAUCAUGAAGACCAUAUGAUGGCUGUGGGGUCUGGUGUUGGAGAGUUCCAGGUACUGCUGUUGGACCCACCCAACAGCACUCGCCAUGAGUUCGCAGAAUCAACCAUUAACCUCCGAGAUCUGGAAUAAAAUAGAUUGUAUGUUUCAGCACAAAACAGACUGUUCAUCUUUAGUUUUCUUUGAAGUCUGUGAUCAGUAUUACAAGACGCUACAACUGCACUUCCUUAUUUGGAGUUGAAACAUCAACCUCAAUUGAGGUUAAGAUAAAACUCUAGGUGGUCAGACCUAUUGCACACCUCAGAUGUGAUGACAGAAAUGUGUAACAUUGGUAAAAUAAUGAUUGACAGUGGAGAACUGAAGUAUUCAGAGAAAAGUUGCUCCAGUGCCAUUUUAUCUAUUACAACUUCCACUGGACUAACCUGAGUUUGAACCUCGGUUUCUGCAUUGAUUAUCCUGCAUUUUACUUUCUUCAUACAAGAAAUGUAUAUAAAUGGUUGGGUGAGAUCCCCUGAUGGAGGCAGUAAGCCGUUCUGAAACAUAUAUCAGUAUCUACCAGACUACAUAGUGCUACAUCUGACAAGACAUCCAUCUUGUACUCGUUGCCAUGAUUACCUGAAGUCUCAGAAACAAAUGUAUGUUUGUAAUACAGUAAAACCUGGUUGUAAUGGAAUUACACGGGAUCUGAACAGUAUUCCAUUUCAGGGAGAUUUCUCUUUUAACACACGUUAAGGCAUUUAGAUAAAAAUAUUACACAGUACAUACCUCAAUGUAUUUGUCACACGUUAGAUGCAUGUACUACAAUGUUAAUGAACACUACACAUUUUCACUUUUUCUGUAGUUCACUCAAGUCAAUGGUUGGUCGUCAUUCUUUCUCUUUCGUGACAGGAAUGUUCCUUGUCAAAUAAAUUACACUAAUUACAGUUCAGAACAAAUCAUUUGAAUAGAAAACAGUAGAUAUUUUGAGCAGAUUAUUAUUUUCUGUUCAUUCUUACCCUCUGUCUCCAUAUUAAAUGUUGUAUAUAUAUUAAAGGCCAUUUUAUAUUACUUUUCAUUCUUUAUUUUGGAAACCAAAGAAAUGUUCUGAAAAAACAGAUUUACAUUUAUUAUAUUUUCUGUUUCAGACAGGUUUUACUGUAUAUUCAUUAGAAGCCUAUGCCAUAAAUCGGUAGUAUCCAAAUACUGGCUCCAAGUCCUGUCCUUGAUUAUAUCAGUAUGGUCUGUACAUUAAGGUGCUUCAUUUUCACCUAUUUUCUGUUUCAGAAAUAAACAUUCAUAUCACUGAAGACUUCCAAAAAUUUAGCUAUCUCCUGCAUGUGUAACAAAAUAAAUUCAAGUGAUAUUCCCUAAAUUCUGCAGGAGGCCAAAGUUGUGAGCUCCAAUCAUGAAGUAUGUUAAUAUACUGAUACUGAUAGCAUGAUAUAAAACAAUUAUAAUUAUGUGACAUUACAAUUAAAUGUUAUAACACUUAUCUAAUGUUUAAUGCAGUUAUAUAUUGUAAAUUUUUGUUCUUAACUGGUGGUAGUUUGUUUGUUCUGUUGACAAUAUGUGUAUGCAGAGAGUUUUACAUUUUGUAUUUGUAAGUCUGAUUUUAUUCAGUUCAUGAAACGUGUAUCAAUUUUUCAUGUAUCAGGGAAGAAGAGUAGCUUUUAACUGCAGAUAAUUUUUUUGAAUAUCUGAUGACAGAAUGUCUCUGUAGAAGCUGUAUAGAAUUGCAGUGAUGGAUGCAUUUGAAUUGAAAUAUGAUGUGUUUAUGUUGAUGAUUUUGUAAAGCCAGUAAUAUGAAAUGAAGGCUUUACUUCGUACAUAACAAAAUAUAUGUAAUAUUCACAAUGAACUUUUUUAUUAUAUGUGUCCUGAACAAUG